AUGUCAGUUCGUAAAAACACUAGUGUAAUUUGGCAUCACUUUAAUAAAGACACUCAAACAUUAAAAGCUACGUGUAACGAGUGUAAGGAUGUGUUAAGUUACAAAUCAUCAUCUGCCAAUUUAAAAAGCCAUUUGAGGCGAAAACAUCCGUCGACUUAUUUAUCAGUGUUCGGUGCUAAUGACCAAUCCAGUUCCACACAAAAACAACCUGACCAGGAUGAAAAUCGGUCAAGGAAGCAAGUGGAACCCAUUCCAGGAACAUCGGGUUCUUCGGUGGUUAGUCACUCGUCACUCGCACCGACGGCACCGCCUCCAACUAAACGUCAAAAAGUGAUGGACUCAUUUAUCAAUAAAAAAAUAAGCGUCGAGCAAAAAAAACAAAUUGACUCUGAUUUACUUGAUCUAUGCAUAGACUCGUUCCAUCCGUUUUCAAUUGUAGAGGAACGAGCUUUUAAAAAGUUCUGUCGAUGGAUUCCGGGGUAUACAUUACCUACAAGAAAAACGUUGUCCGGGUCUUUAUUGGAAGAAUGUUACAAUAAAGUAGAGAAUCAUGUUAGAUCUGUAGUAGCUCAAGAAGUAGAAACCAUUUGUAUAACAACAGACUUGUGGACCUCACGUGUUACGGAGAGUUACAUCGCUGUCACAGGACACUACAUAACACAGGAUUUGGAAUUGAAAACUGUUUUGUUAGGUUGUUGUAGGUUUUCUGGGAGCCACACAGCUUUAAAUAUAGCAUCUGAGCUAGAAAUUAUUUUGAACAGGUGGAAUUUAAAAGAGAAAGUAAAUUUCGCAGUGAGUGACAAUGCUGCCAAUGUAGUUAAAGGAAUUAAGGAACAUCUCGGCAUUGAGCAUUUUGGCUGUUUCGCGCACACGCUAAAUUUGAUAGUAGACGACGCCCUAGAACUACAGCAGGGCUUAAUUGAUAACAUAAAAAAAAUUGUAGCUCAUUUUAAAAGAAGCACAGUAUCGUCAGAGCGACUGGCUAAGUACCAAAUCCAACAAAAUCUACAACCUAAACGCCUCAUACAACAGGUCGAAACUAGAUGGAAUUCCGUGUUCUAUAUGAUCGAGAGGAUUGUAGAGUUGCAAGAUGCAGUGCGAUCAACAUUAGCGCUUGUUGACAGAAAUCUUCCUUUACUUUCAAGCGAAGACUGGACGACUUGCGCCCAACUUUGUCAAAUUUUACGUCCUUUCGAAGAAAUGACGAAGGCAAUGAGCGGAGAAAAAUAUUUAACAGGCAGUUCUGUAAUUAUCAUGGUACGUUGCCUCAAAGAAUCGUGCAAAAAAAUUUUAGGCAACACCGAAUUUGUAAGUUCAGUUCGUGACGUUGCCUUUAAUCUUCAGUUAGGCCUAGAAGAACGGUUCCAAAGAGUAGAACAGAGCGGUACCUUAGCCUUGAACACCUUCUUGGACCCUCGUUUUAAAACACAAGCGUUUUCUGACACAAACGAGGCUGCAAAAACAAAAGAACGGGUCAGAAAACUUGUAGCAGCUCAAAUUGCAAAACAUCAAACAAAUCCUACACCAUCCAAAUCUUCCACAGAAAAAAAGACUGACGACUACAGUCCAUGGGAUAUUUUCGAUGGUUUAAUAAAUCAAAAUGAAUCCAGUGCUACACCACUUUCUAAAGCAAUUAAAGAGGUAGACAUGUACCUAGCGGACGACAUACUGCUUCGUAGAAAUGCCAGCGGUGAAUGGAACAGUCCUUUUGUGUGGUGGAAAAAUCACCGCCAUGUUUGA